AUGUCAUCAGGGUAUAACGACAAGCGUUCGGAGUGGUUGUUUGAGAAAAUUGCAGAUGCGUUUCAUAUGGAUAAGGAAACGAUAGCAAGUGUUGGAAGAACGAAUGAAAAUGCCGAAUUAAUUGGAUCUUUCCUGGAUGGAGUUGGUAAUUCCAAGUGUUUGCUUUGGUUCUUCUUCAGUCAAGGUGUGAAUGACUUUUCCGAUUUUGAUGAAACCUUGACUGCAAGUUCUGCGAAUACAUACUCAAAAGCUCAAACAGUCAUAUCGUUUGGAACGGCGGACACUGAGAGUACAGUGGCAUCGUUGAAAUCGCCCAGAAGCUCCUCCGACGGCCCAGUAUUCCUCGUCUCAACAGACUUUAAUGCACACCCUCUCAUCAAUAAUGCUAUUUGUAUUUAUUUUGUGAAAGAAGAAAUCACGACCAUCAUUACAAUGAAUAAUAUCGAGGACCUUGCAAUGGGAGUAAUAUCCGGAAGCAAAGGACUCAUGAGGGAACUCAAAGAUCGACUUGAAAAUUUAUAUGUUCCUCAACUAAGGAAACAAACAGACUGGGGAGAGUUGUCACAAUCUAGUGAAAAGAAAGAAGAAAUUAUUGAAUUUUUGGAAAAUGUUGAAAACUUUGUACAAAAUGUGAGCGAAGCAAAAAUCGCCCUUGAAUCCUCCAUACGAUUGGAACCACCAAAGAAAUUUUCUUCCAUUGAAUCAAAACCAAAAUCCUUCUUGAAAACUGCUUUAAAUAGGACGGACGUCAUUUCUUCCUUUGAGGAAGCAGUUUCGACGUGGAUGGGAGACAUUGAUGCGCUCCUCAACGAGGUGACCGCGGUGAGAGAGGAGGACGACGAGAGUGGGCCAGCAGCAGAGCUCGACUAUUGGAAAUCAAGAAUGGCGAAAUUUAACAGCAUUACAGACCAACUGAGAGGAAAAGUUUGCAAAACUGUUCUAAGCGUUCUUAAAGCAAAAAAAUCGCCCAUUCUUGCCGGAUGGAAAAAUAUUGACAUGAGAAUAACAGAUGCAGCUAACGAAGCAAAAGACAAUGUAAAAUACUUGUAUAUAUUAGAGAAGUUUAGUGAACCAUUAUACAAAAGUGAUCCAGUCCAAAUGAUUAAUACUUUGCCAGCUCUCAUCAAUGCCAUAAAGAUGAUGCAAAGUAUUGCCCGAUAUUACAACACUUCAGAGAGAAUGACAGCCUUGUUCGUUAAAAUUACCAAUCAAAUGAUUAUUUGCUCCAAAAAGUAUUUGAUGAAAGAUGGUCGUCUGUGGGAACAGGACACGGAAAAAUUAAUUGAAAAAUUCAAAGCUUGUAUCGAUUUGAACGAGGCCUAUCAACAUUAUUAUAGGAAAACAAAGAGCGAACUACAACUCAAUCCCUUCGGAAAGCAAUUCGAUUUUAGCGAAAGCGCAAUUUUUGGGAAAUUCGAUCAAUUUUGUUGGAGGAUACAAAAGCUCAUUGAUUUAUUCACAACAUUUAAUCAAUUUUCCUAUCUACAAAAGAGUACGAUUGAAGGACUGGAACCAAUUUUGAAGCAAUUCAACAAGAUCAUCACUGUAUUGAAGAGAAAGAAAUAUGACUUUUUAGAUUACCGAAAAACUAUUUUUGAUAAUGAUUAUGUAGAGUUUAACAAUGAUAUUACCAAGCUGGAGAUGGAAUUAAUGACCUUCAUUAACAACAGUUUUUCUGAAGCAAGAACCACACGCCACUCAUUAGAGCUAUUGGAACAAUUCAAAAAGGUUCUCAAGCAAGAAAAUUUACAACGAAUACUGGAAGAGAAAUACAGAGCCAUUUUCAACAACUAUAGUAAAGAUGUGGAGAUGAUAAAAAAUAUUUAUGAAGAGAAAAGUAAAAGACCAACACUACCAAGAAAUGCACCACCAAUCGCAGGUAAUAUAGCGUGGUCGAGACAAUUGAUGCGAAGGCUUGAGGAACCUAUGGAGCUUUUCAAAAAAACUCCUGCCAUUCUCGAUUUAAAAGAAUCCAAAAAAACAAUCAAGUUGUACAACAAAAUUGGAAGAGCCUUAAUUGGAUUUGAGUCGUUGUGGAUGGAAAAAUUUUAUGAUGCUCUGGAGACUGCUCGAGAGGGACUAUUGGCUACGGUUCUUGUUGAACAGGGGAAUCAAUUAUAUGUCAAUUUUGAUAGUGAUUUGAAAAUGUUAAUGAAAGAGGUGAAAUAUCUUCAACUCAUGGGAUUAGAUUUACCUGAAUCAGCUAUCAUUAUAUUUAACCAACAAGAGAGAUUGCUCUACUUGGAAGAAGGACUCAAAUUCAUGGUAAAAGAGUAUUAUCGUGUGAUGGGAAUGCAAGAUGAGCUCUACAAGGGAAUAUUAAGGCCCAUGAUCAAGACUCUAGAUGAAAAGAUACGACUCGGAAAAACAACAAUCACAUGGCUCUCUGUUAGAGUGGAUAGCUACAUUGAGGAUGUUAUGAAAUUUAUCAAAUCAAUGGAAGAAACUCUGGAAAAAGCCAAUGACAUUCUUACUUUCAGAAUCAAAUCGAAUAUUGAUUCCAUUACAAAAACCUAUUUGAUAUCAUUCACCAAUGAGGUGCGAUCAAUUCAACAAUUUUUAUUGGACAAUGAGAAAUUUUCCAAGCAAAUGGCUUUGGACAUCGAUAUCAAGAAUCAAGAAAUUGAAUCAGCAGCCUCGGAUCUGAUUUCUAUCAUCACGUUCCGAUAUAUAGAUGAAGAAAAAUCUCAGGUUUCAAAGGAUUGUCGAACAUUUAAAAUCUAUUUCGAAGAACGAAUGCUUGAGGCUGUUUCCAAUUGUUUACGAAGCUCUGUAAAGCAUUUGAAAGACAAAAUUAGCCAGGAUAAGAGAUCCAAUUCCAAACCUGUUUUCAAUGUACAGCUUGCACUGUCCAUUCCAAACAUUGUGUUACAGCCAAGUCUCGAAGAGAUUCAAAAGUGUGUCAACAAGUGUGCAAGAAUUAUGUUGGAGUCGACUCAACACAUUCACAAGUGGAACCAAGACAAAUCGAAAGAAAGAAAGAAUAUAUUUUCUCAAAUAGGAGAAGACAAGACAACUAUCAAAGGUUUUUUGCAACUCACGGGAGCCAUUGCCGGGCUUUCUAGCAAGCUCAACGUAUUCAUUGCAAAAUUUCAGCAAUACGACUUUUUAUGGAAGCAAGAUCGAUCUGAAUCGAUAUCUUCAUUUGUUGAAGGAACAACAUCUGGUGCUUUCGAGGACGAAAAGAAAGUUCCACCUUCACUUGAGGACUUUGAAAAGAAAAUCAAAUACUUUUCAGAUCUCGAGAAGGAGCUUCAAGACUUGGAACAAUACCACCAAGAGGGAUCUUUAUUGGUUGAUUUGAAACCUAUCAAGACAGCUCUCACAGUUGAGGCAUCACAGUGGAAAUUCUCGUAUGGCCAAGCAUUGAAUUUGAAAGCAAAAGCUGAAAUGGAAAGCCUGUUAACCUAUAUUGAGGAAACUACAAAUAACUUAAAGAGAGAUGUCUCUGAUAUUGAAGGAAUUAAUAAUGUCAUGAAUGUUUUAAAUGAGCUUCGUGAAAGAGAAAGUACAUUCGACUUGGCCAUUAAACCAAUCAACGAAGCAUAUGAAAUUUUGAAACUGUACAAUAUUAAGAUUUCAAAGGAAGAAUUGGAACAAGUUGAAGAUAACGGCUUGGAAUUCAAAUGGAAGGCACUUAUUGCUCUUUCCAGAGACGUCAUGUCAAAAUUCCAAAAAAUUGGACCUGGUUUUAGGAGAGACCUCGAACAAAAAGUUAAAGCAUUCAAGAUUGAAGUCGCAGAGUUUAAAAAGCUUUACGACGAACAAGGUCCUAUGGAAAAAGGAAUCAAUCCUAGAGUUGCUAAAGCGAGACUAACAUCAUUCAAGAGUGCCUUCGAUGAAAAGGUGAGAAAGUGGAAAACAUACUCGAUGGGAGAGCGCCUAUUCAAAAUGAAAGAAACUGAAUAUCCUGACUUGGUUAAAAUUAGCAAAGAAUUGGAUUGGCUCUCUGGAUUGUAUGAUCUAUAUACGGAGGUUAUUGUCACAGUGAAUAGCUUUGAAGAUGUUACAUGGAAUGAAAUUGACAUUGAAGAAAUGUCCACUGUAUUGAACAAUUUCAAUACCAGAUGCAAGAAUAUGCACCCAGCGCUUAGAAAAUGGGAUGCAUACAUUGAAUUGAAAGACACGAUCGAGAAUUUCUUGAACACUUUGCCCUUAUUGGAAAAACUAAAUCAACCAUGUGUCACACAACGCCAUUGGAAGCAAAUUUCUGACUUGUGCAAGAGAUCUCUAGACUACAAAAAUCCAGAGUUUAAAAUUAGAGAUAUCAUUGAAGCCAAGUUGGUGGACCACAAAGAUGAUAUUGAAGAAAUUGUAAAUGCAGCCAACAGAGAAUUGAAUGUAGAGAAAAAGCUGGAGGAAAUCAAAGAAGAAUGGAAGUUGAAAAAGUUUGUGCUUGGAGAUUUUAAGAAUCGAGGAAAGCUUGUUCUCAAAGAUACACAAGAUUUAAUGCAAAGUAUUGAAGACACCCAGCUUGCUCUUUCGACCUUAUUAGGCGAUCUCUACAAUGAACCAUUCAAGCCGGAAAUUCAACAAUGGAUGGUCAAAUUAUCUGUGACUCAAAGUGUUGUUGAUGAUUGGUUACAGAUCCAGUCGCUGUGGAUUUACAUGUUUUAUGUUUUCACCGGAGGAGACAUUGGUAGAGAACUACCACAUGUAUUCAAAAGAUUCCAAAAUGUGGACAAGUCCUGGGUGAAAAUCAUGUCAACAGCCGAAUCAGAACCCAAUGUUAUUAAGCUCUGUUAUCAUGAUGAAAUGCUCAGAGAUUUGUUGCCUCACUUGAAAACACUUCUUGAAAAAUGUCAACGAGACCUUUCUGGAUAUUUGGAAAAGAAGAGAAUGUUAUUUCCAAGGUUUUAUUUCUUGUCAGAUAAGCAAAUUUUAGAAAUUCUUGGACAAGGAAGCGAUCCGUCUUCCAUUCAGAAACAUUUACUCAGCAUAUUCUCUAACAUUGCAGAAGUGGAAUUUGACUCGAGACAAAAGAAUCACAUUAUUGCCAUGAAAUCAUACGAAGGCGAAUAUGUUCCACUCGUAGAACCUGUUAUCUGCGAAGAUAACAUUGAAGUUUGGCUCAACAGGCUGGUUUCAGCCAUGCAGGAAACAGUUCAUGAAUUGGCAAGAAAUAUGAGCUCAACCCUUCUUUCAGAUUUGGCUGUGGUUGAAAAUAACUCUUACGGUAGAGACAAAUUGACCAAAUUUAUUGGUGACAUUCCUUGUUCUCAGCUUGCUCUGUUAGGUCUCCAAUUGUUGUGGACUUGGGACAGCGAGAUGGCCAUUCGAAAUUCACGAGACAGGUCAUCAAUGACGAAUGCUAAAAAGAAGUUUGAGACCAUCUUCAAUCAUUUGGUCACCCUCACAACCAAUCCAAAACUAACAGCUCUUCAAAGAACCAGACUAGAAACUCUCAUCACCAUUCAUAUCCAUCAAGUAGAAAUAUUCCAAGAGUUAUUCAAGAAGAAGAUUAAAAAUGUGAAUGAAUUUGAGUGGACAAAAAGAACUAGGUUCUACUGGAAAGCAGAGCAAGACAAGUGUGUCAUUUCAAUCACAGAUGUUGACUUUGAAUAUUGCAAUGAAUAUCUUGGAUGUACAGAAAGACUUGUCAUUACUCAAUUAACAGACAGAAUUUAUAUUUCAUGUGCACAAGCGAUGGGCAUGUUUUUGGGUGGAGCACCAGCUGGUCCAGCAGGUACUGGAAAAACAGAAACUACCAAAGAUAUGGGAAGAACAAUGGGCAAAUAUUUCAUUACGAUCAAUUGUUCAGAUCAAGGUUCUGUGCACUCCAUGGGUACAACUUUUAAAGGUAUUGCUCAAAGUGGAGCCUGGUGUGGUUUUGAUGAAAUUAACAGAGUGAAGCUUGAAGUGUUGAGUGUUGUGGCUGCUCAGGUUGCAUGCAUUUUCGAUGCCAUGAGAAACAGAGCCUCAAAAUUUACCUUCACGGAUGGAUCUGAACUUGUUCUCGAUCCAACAUGUGCUUGCUUUAUCACAUUCAAUCCUGGCUAUGCUGGACGUACUGAACUACCAGAAAACAUGAAAGCAUUGUUUAGAACUAUUGCAGUCGUUCAACCUGACAGAAGAAUUAUUAUGAAAGUACGAUUGGCUGCUUCAGGGUUCUUGGAAAAUCAACCUCUCUCAAAGAAAUUUGACAUGUUGUACAAACUUUGUGAGCAACAAUUGUCCAACCAAAAUCACUAUGACUUUGGGUUGAGAAACAUCUUGUCUGUCCUUCGAACAUGUGGAGUUUCCCUUCGAUCUGAAAACUCUGGAGAAAAGGGUGGUAAUGAAAUUAAAAAAGAUGAAACAAAAGUACUCAUGAGAGUUCUACAAGAUAUGAACAAUUCCAAACUUGUGGAUGAAGACUCAACCUUAUUCAAAGAAUUAUUGAAAGACUUGUUCCCCAAUGAAACAUGCAACGAUGCCCCAGAUGCUGCCAUGAGCGAGGCCAUAGAUUCCGUCAUUGAAAAGCAUGGACUUGUUAACCAUGGACCUUGGAAAUUGAAAGUUUUACAACUCUACGAACAAUACAAGGUGCGUCAUGGUCUGUGUUGCAUGGGUCCCAGUGGUUCAGGUAAGAGUGCUGCCAUCCAUGUGCUCUGUGAAGCUCUUGGAAAAAUUGGCAUUCAAACGAAAAUUAAGAAGAUGAAUCCAAAAUCAAUUACUUCCGAACAAAUGUUUGGUACUCUCGAUAAAGGAACAAACGAUUGGACCGAUGGCAUAUUUACAUCUCUGUGGAGAGAAACUGCCGACAAGAAGAAGGAAUAUUCUUGGAUUCUAUUGGAUGGGCCUGUAGAUACCAUUUGGAUUGAAAACUUGAAUACCGUUCUGGACGAUACCAAAUCAUUGACGCUUGCCAAUGGUGAUCGAUUGAAUAUGCCAAAAACUUUGAAAUUGGUAUUUGAAGUUGGUAGCUUGGACAAUGCCUCUCCUGCAACCGUUUCAAGAAUGGGUAUGGUUUAUAUUGGUUCUACUAUUCUUGGAUGGGAACCUGUGUUCCUCUCUUGGAUUAAGAAGCACAACAAGCGUCCAAACAAUGAGAUUGAAAAGCUCACAAAUCUUUUUACCAAGCAUGUCACGGAUAUUCUCACCUUCAUUGAGAAUGAAUGUUCUCCAUCAAUGCUUAUUGGAAAUGCAAACAUUGUUGCUACCACAUUGAAAAUAUUGGAUGGAAUGUUCACAAACUUUACACGAAAAACCUUUUCUGAUUCAAUGAUUGAAAAGCUCUUUAUUUUCGCUGUGAUAUGGGGUAUUGGUGGCACGUUGGAGAGUCCAGAUCGUAUUAAGCUUCAUACAUUCCUCGAAAAAGAAUGUAAAUUGUCAAUUCCUUCUCUUGACUCGGGAGACACAAUCUAUGAGUUCACUAUAGAUGAGAAUGGAGAUUGGAGAAACUGGAAGUUCAAUGUCCCACAUUGGAAAUAUCCAACCGACUAUGAGCCACUAUUCAAUAGCAUUUUAAUUCCUACAGUAGACAAUGUAAGAACCGACUUUUUGAUUCAAUUGAUGGCCAAGCAAGAGCAUUCUGUCCUUCUUAUUGGUACCAGUGGUACUGCUAAAACAGUCACCAUCAAAAAGUAUCUCAAUGAAUUAGACAAGAACAAGUUCAAGAAUAAGUUAAUCUCCUUCUCGAGUGCCACUACACCUGGUAUUGUGCAGAAUUCAAUCUUUACCUCUCUCGAAAAACGAUUAAGUAAUAAGGUGUUUGGACCUCCUCUCGGAAGAAAAAUGUUUAUUUUCAUUGAUGAUAUUAACAUGCCUGAAAUCAAUGAAUGGGGAGAUCAAAUCACAAAUGAAAUUGUCAGACAAGUUAUUGAGGAUGGUGGAUUCUAUUCUCUCGACUCUAAUAAUCAAUGGUUAAAGAUUGUGGAUGUCCAAUUUUUGGCUGCUAUGAAUCAACCUGGCCUUGGUAAGAAUGAUAUUCCAGAUAGAUUGAAGAGACAUUUUGCUAUUUUCAAUUUAACUGUUCCUUCUACAAAAUCAAUUGAUCACAUCUUUACAACCAUUAUUGAGGGUCACUAUUGUAAAGCAAGAGGAUUCUCUGAAGAAGUCAUUCAAUGUGCUUCUACCUUGCCAGAGCUCACAAGAAAGUUAUGGAUGCAAACCAAAGAGAAGAUGCUUCCAACACCUAACAAAUUCCACUAUGUAUUUAACUUGAGAGAUUUGAGCAGAAUUUUCCAAGGAUUGUUACUCGGUAAGAGUGAAAUUAUUCAAAAUCAUUUGGAUUUGCUACAUUUGUGGCGCCACGAAUCAGAUCGUGUAUUGCAUGAUAAAUUCAUUGAAGACGCAGAUCGUGAAUGGUUCCAAAACACAUCUAAGGGACUCUUAAAGGAACACUACGGCGAAGACAUUGCGCGAGCUGUAAAAUCAAAGCUCUUUGUUGACUUUUUGAGAAAAGCUGAAACUCAUGACGAGAAUGUGGUGAGCAUGGAUGACAUGGACUAUGAGGCUCCUCCACCAGAAGAUGAUCCAAAAAUUUACGAACCUGUCGAUGACUAUGCACUUCUCUAUAAUCGAUUGGAUGAGUUACUCAACAAGUACAAUGAAAAACAUAAGAAAGAACCUUUGGAUAUUGUACUUUUUGAUUUUGCAAUUUUACACAUUACAAGAAUUUCGAGAAUUAUUCGAAGUGAAAGAGGAAAUGCAUUGUUAGUAGGAGUAGGAGGAAGUGGAAAACAAUCACUCACCAAGUUAGCAUCCUACAUUGCUGGAUAUAAAACCUUUAAAAUUCAAGUCACAAAGAACUAUCAUGUACAGGCUCUGCUUGAUGACUUGAAAAAGCUGUACAAAAUUGCAGUGUUGGAAUCUCCAGUUACUUUCAUAUUUACCGAUAAUGAUAUUAAGGACGAACAAUUUUUAGAGUAUAUCAACAUGAUGCUUACAUCGGGAGACAUUCCAGGUCUUUUCACAAAAGAAGAACGAGAAAUGAUGAUUGGAGAGCUGCGACCCAUUGCCAUCAAAAGUGAUCCAUCGUUUAUGGCAACUCCAGAAAAUUUGUUUAACUUUUUCAUUGAUCGAGCAAGAGAUAAUUUACAUAUGGUUCUAUGCUUCUCUCCAAUUGGAGAUCAAUUCAGAAAUCGAUCAAGAAAAUUCCCUGGAAUUAUCAGUGGCUGUACCAUUGAUUGGUUUGAUCCUUGGCCAAAAGAAGCUCUCAAGGCAACGGCUGACAAAUUUAUUGGUAAUUUCGAAUUAUCGACAACUGAUAACAUUAAGAACAGUCUGGUUCUAUUCAUGAAAGAUUUGCACUACAGUGUGAAUGAGCUUACCGUAGAGUAUUUGAAUAAGUAUAGAAGAAAUACCUAUGUCACUCCAAAGACCUAUCUUUCUUUUCUAAACAUUUAUAGGAAGAUUUAUGUUGAAAAAUUACAAGAAAUCGAAAAGAAGAGCAAUAACAUUUCGAAAGGUCUCGAAAAGCUACAACAAGCAAAAGAAGAUGUACGAGAGAAAGGAAAAGAGUUAGAACAAAAAGAAAGAGAGCUACAAAUUGCACAAGCAAGUGCUCAAGUGUUGGUCGAUAAAGUACAAAAAGAAACAAAGGCUGCAGAAGAGCAAGGUAAAGAAAUUCAAAAGAGAAAAGAAAAGCAAGAAAAAGAAGUGAAAAUUGUCCAAAAGGAAAGAGAUGAAGUCACUCAUGAUCUCAAGAAUGCUGAACCUCAUCUCCAAGCUGCAGAAAGAGCUUUGGAUAAAAUUACCAGCGCCUCUUUGAGUAAGAUUAAAAAGUAUCAGACACCUCCAGAACCAAUCAUGAGAGUCAUGGACACCAUUCUCAUCUUCAGAGGUCUUCCAAUUGAUAAGACUGAAAUUGAAGAACGCUCCACAGAUCCAAAGAACCCAAGAAAGAUUUUGAAACCAUCCUGGAGAUAUGCCAAAGAAAUGAUGAACAAUAUCAACUUUAUGCAAAGUUUGUUGAAAUUUGACAAAGACUCAAUCAGCGACGAGCAAGUGGAAUUAGUUGCACCAUAUAUGGAUGAUCCAACUUUAACCGUUGAGAAUGUCUUGAACUCCUCUGAAGCUGCUGCUAGUCUUUGGGAAUGGGUACAAUCCAUGGUCAAUUAUCACAACAUUGCCAAAGUGGUCGAUCCAAAGAGAAGAAAAGUCGAAGAAGCAGAGACCAAGCUGCAAAUAGCUCAAGCCCAAUUAAAGGAAAUGGUUGAUGAAUACGAGGAAAAGCAAAAAGAGCUCAGAGAACUCAAUCGACAACUCGAAGAAGCCCUCAAUCACAAGAAACAAUUGGAAGAUGAUGCACUACAAACCAGAAAAAGAAUGGAAGCUGCUGAAGCAUUAAUUCAUGGCUUGUCAUCUGAAGAAGAAAGAUGGAGAAAGGAUCAAAAACAAUUCCAACUGGAUAUUCAUAAUUUAAUUGGAGAUAUUGCCCUAGCUUCAGCAUUUUUGACUUACUCAGGUCCUUUCAACCAAGAAUUCAGAAGUACCAUCGUUGAACAGUUAUGCUUUGCUGAAUUUAGAAACAGAGGAAUUCCAUUUUCUGAAAAAGUGAAUGUCAUUGAUUUCAUCGCACAUCCAACCACAAUCGGUGAAUGGAGAUUACAGGGAUUGCCAAACGAUGACUAUUCCACUCAAAAUGCUAUCAUUGUCACAACAGGUACAAGAUAUCCUUUAUUGAUUGAUCCUCAGGGUCAGGGUAAAGAAUGGAUUAAACACAAGGAAGUGAAUGAUCUUGUUAUCACAACCCUUUCUGCAGACAAUCUGAAGGAAGAGUUAGAAAAAUGCGUUGCCACUGGUCGACCACUCCUCAUUGAAGAUAUUGGAGAAGAACUUGAUCCAAUUUUGGACUCUGUUCUCGAUAUGCAGCUCAUUAAAAAAGGUAAACGACCAAAGAUUAAGAUUGGAGAAAAUGAGGUACCUUUCAAUGAGAACUUUAGAUUGUACAUUACGACCAAAUUGCCAAAUCCUAGAUACACUCCAGAAAUGUUUGCAAAGGUUUCAGUCAUUGAUUUUACUGUCACUGCCAUUGGUUUGGAAGACCAAUUAUUGGCCAUUGUCAUUAACAAGGAAAUGAUCGAAUUGGAAGAUAAAAGAACUUCCCUACUCAACGACAUCCAAGAAUGUAACGAAAUCAUGGAGCAAUGCGAAAAGGAAUUGCUUGAAAAGCUCAGUGAAAAUCGUGAAAAGAGUUUGGUGGAUGAUAGUGAAUUGAUUGAUAUCCUCACGAAAACCAAAGAAAAGAACAGAACCAUCAAAGAAAAACUCAUGAUCAGUGAGGAGACAAACAGAAGUAUUCAGGAGGCAAGAGAAGAGUUUAGGCCUGUCGCCAACAGAGGAAGCAUCAUGUACUUUGUGAUUACAGAACUCAGUCUUAUCAAUUGCAUGUAUCAAGUCAGUCUCAGUCAAUUUAUCAAACUUUUCAUACAAGCCAUCGAUGAAUCAGAAAAGGACAGAAAUAAUAAGGUGAGAAUUGACAACAUUAUUAAUUAUGCCACCUUCUUCAUUUACAAAUACGUACAGAGAGGUCUGUAUGAAAAGCACAGAAUUGUAUUUGCACUACUUCUUGCUCUCAAGAUUGACCUGAAGAAACCCAAGUCCAAAGGAAAAGGAAUUACCAUGAAAGAAUUCAACUGUUUGAUUCGAGCUGGUAACGCACUUCAAAAGAGUGAUGCACCCAAAAUUCCAUUUUCAUGGAUUGAAGACAAAACAUGGCUCAAUAUUUUCAGCUUGACCAAAGCGGAUAUUCCUGAAUUUAGAAACAUUCACCUCCAAAUUGAAAAUAUCGAAGAUCAUUGGAAGAAAUUCUACUUUUCUGCAAGUCCUGAAAAUGAGCCAAUUCCUGACUUCUCCUCUCUCAGUACUUUCCAUAGAUUGUUACUCAUAAGAUGUAUUCGUAUGGACAGAACCAUGAAUGCUUGCUCAUCCUACAUCAUUGACACACUCGGACAACAAUUCGUCGAUUCAAUUUCUUUAAAUCUGGAAGAAACAUGGAAAGAAUCGUCUCCCAUCACACCCAUUGUUUGUUUACUGUCACAAGGUUCUGAUUUGACUGGAUCUAUCGAAAAACUUGCACAACAUUUGAAAAUGCCCAUAGAUAGAGUUUCAAUGGGUCAAGGUCAAAAGGAAAAGGCUCAAGAAUUGGUCAAGAAUGCCAUCGCAAAUGGUGGUUGGGUUUUACUACAAAACUGCCACCUCGGAAUUGACUAUCUCGAAAUACUAGAAAAGACACUACUUGAUCUCUCAAAGGAAGAUUACAGUGACAAAUCAUUCAGAGUUUGGAUUACAACCGAGCCAACUCCUUUAUUCCCUAUCAACCUCUUACAAAUGUCCAUCAAGGUCACAGACGAGCCACCUACAGGUAUAAGAGCUGGUUUAGCCAAAGCUUACAAUUGGCUCACUCAAGAAGCUCUCGGUGAAGUUCCUGAAAAUCGUAAAUUGAUUUAUAGCACAUGUUUUCUUCACUCGUUACUCAUUGAAAGAAAGAAGUUUGGCCCUCUUGGUUGGUGUGUUCCUUACGAAUUCAAUCAAUCUGAUUUGGAGUGUUCUCUUCAUUUCUUAAUUAAUUACCUUAAUGAAAAUGAUAUCAAAAAGAUCCAAUGGAAUACUAUUCGAUACAUGAUUUGUGAUGUACAAUAUGGUGGAAGAGUGACUGAUGCCUAUGACUCUGUUCUCUUGAGCAAGUAUGGAAACAAAUUCUAUGGACAACACGUCUUCUCGAAAGACUUUACAUUUUAUUGUGACCGUGAAAAACAGAAAGUAUAUGAAAUUCCAGAAAAGGCCAAAAUUGACGACUAUAGAAAGUACAUUCAUGACACUCUACCAUUCUUCGAUCCACCAGAAGUUUUCGGAUUGCAUCAAAAUGCAGAAAUUGUUCACAACGAACAAAAGACUAACUUUGUUUUGAGUACUAUUCAAGGUAUUCAACCAAAAGAAUCUGCUGCAGGAAGUGGAGAAACCAGAGAAGACAUUGUCUUGAAGGAUGUUAAAAGUUAUUUGGAGAAAAUUCCCGAAGAAUACGACAGUAAGGAACUUAAGAAAUACUUUAAGAAAAUUGAAAAUUCUAAAAAGGAUAAUGGUGGUGCAAAUAAUCCAAUGGUCAUUUUCUUGAAACAAGAAAUUGAUCGCAUGAAAAUUGUGUUAAAACUUGUGAGAAGACAUUUGCAAGAUUUGAAACUUGCCAUUGCAGGAACUAUUGUCAUGAGUGCAGAACUUCAAAACAUUUUCGAUUCUCUCUAUGACGCCAAAGUUCCACAGCCAUGGCAAAAAGUGUCAUGGGAAUCCCAUAAAUUGGGUGUUUGGAUUGAACAUUUACAGAAACGACAUGAACAAUUUAUGAAUUGGUUACAAAAAGGUCAACCCAAGCUAUUCUGGAUUUCUGGCUUUUUCAACAUUGCUGGAUUUUUGACAGCUGUCAAGCAAGAAUCCACUCGCAAACAUGCAGGAUGGUCUCUCGAAUCCGUUUCUCUCAAGACUGAAAUUACAAGCAAAGAUGCUCUCAAAGACAGUUUCAAUGCACCCGAAGAUGCUGAAGGAGUCUUUGUUUAUGGUUUGUACUUGGAAGGAGCGAUUUGGGAUCGAAAAGCCAAACAAUUAGCUGAUGUUCCAUCUUCCGAGUUGAGUUUGGUUCACGAAUUGCCAAUUAUUCAUCUCUCAGCCAUCUCAUCCAUGCAAGGCAGUGAUAUGGGACCCAAAGAGUAUGUGUGUCCAGUCUAUAAGAAUCCAGACCGAACUCAUCGGAAUUACAUUUUUGAUUUACAUUUAAAGACGAGUGAUGAUCCGAGCAAGUGGACCUUACGGGGAGUAGCAGCUCUAUGUUCCAAAGUUUAA